CUAAUAGAGACUUUUGUAGCGAUACUGAUAGUUCAUUCUCUUCAAUUGUAAACUGUCAAGAAAAUUUAACAGAUUGGAGUAUCAAGCCGAUUUCACAAGAAAAGCAAACUAGAAUAAAUAAAA